AUGGCGAGUGAGGCCAGCCUGGCGAAGGCGGCGUUGCCCGGGAGGGCCACCAUCUUCAGGGUAGAGGUCGUGCAGCAAGGCACGGCUCUGGAGGAGCGAGAGGUGGCGGGGAUCGGGGAGGAGUUGGGGCUGCUGGUGGAGGACAUCAUACAAGUGGUGGAGGUGGUGGCGGAGGAGUGGGAGCAGGUGCUGGCAGAGGAGCGGGAGGAGAAGCCCCAGGAGCAGGGGCUGGAAAUGCCGGGGCCGCGACCCAUGAUUGCCUGGCCCCCGCUGGAGGCGCUGGAGGCCCUGCAGUUAGAGCUGAGCACUCUGAAUGCCCGAGCCAGCAGGGCCUACACUUGGCUCAAGCACAAGAUCGGUCAGAGGCAGAAGCCUCACUUGGAUUGCAGAAGGGCCAUCACCCAGGGCAUCCCUGGCUUCUGGGCCAGAGCCGUUAUGAACCACCCCCAGAUGUUGGCCAUAAUCUAUGACCAAGAUGAAGACAUGCUUAGCUACAUGAUCCAUUUGGAGGUGCAGGAACUGGGCCAUCCCAGGCACCGCUGCAAGUUGAUGGUUUUUUUUUGGAACAACCCCUACUUCUGGAACAAUGCGAUCAUUAAGGAGUAACGCCUUAGCAUCGCUGGAUAUAGGGCGUCUCGUUACACUCCAGUCCAGUGGUUCUGGGAUUAUGAACUGGGAGCCCCCAGUCGCAGGCAGGACACCACCAGCCUUAACUUCCUCAACUGGUUGUCUGACCACAACUGCCCAGAGUCUAACAGGAUUGCUGAGAUCAUGAGCGAAGACCUGUGGCCCAAUCCCCUGCACUACUACCCCAGGGAGGAAGGCUCCACUGGGACAGACCCGGAGAUGAAGCAUUGGUGGUGGGUGGGCUCAGACUUGCCUGCACCUACCAGCCUUCAGCUCAUCACCAUCAUCAUCAUCAUCAUCAUCUCCUUCAUCUCACCCGCCAGACCCCCCCCCGCCUGCUGGGUCUGGGACCCCGAGGCUAAGAGGAGCCUUGGGAAGGAGGAGAUGGACAAGCGUGGCCACAGCUCCUGCACCCUGUGUCCCUCUGGUGGCCACGCCCCCGCCACGCUGCCCUGCAGCCCUCCGCCCCAAGGACAGGAUGGAUACUCGGGUCCCCAUCAUGCUCUUCUGUCCCCUGUCCCAAGCUGCCAGCUCUCACUGGAUCGCCUUGUUCUCUGGCCCCUGCUCCCUGGUGGAGAGACCACGAAAGAAGGAAUGGGCGAGGUGGGCUGUGAGCUGCUCUUUAUUUUGCCUGGGGCCCUGCCUUUGCCACACCACGUGGCCAACAUCCUGUACUGGUUAUGGCCCCUCCUUGGGGUUCGUGGCUCCAAGAGCCUCUGGGCCCAGUGUCUCUGA